CUACAGUAAAAUAUUUCGGCAAUAUUGACCCUGCUUCUCGGUUUGUGAAAUGGUUUCCUUUUAUGUAAACUGAACUUGACUUAUGGAGUAAUUAUUCGUUUGGUCAUGGAUGAACUCCACGGGAUUUCGCAAGACGAAUUUGUCGAAGUCGAAGAUCGGCCAAUUCAAAAUAUCGAGGAUAACGAGAGGCCAACAAGAACGAGGACGUUAACAGAGAAAGGAGCAGCCUACAAGAUAGAAAUUCUACGGCGUAGUAAAGACGACGCUUACUCAAAAUUGAAAAAACAGAUCAAAACACUUCGUAGUCUAUUAACGAGCGACGUCACGCUUGAAGAGUUUGAAGCUGAAAGGAAUAAACUUGAUCUGCUUAAAGAGGACGUUAACGAAGCGUAUAUAAAUUACGGCGAUGUAUUGACUUUAGAAGAAGAUAAAGAUUCUUCGUAUAAGUGGUUUGAUCAAUGCGAUCGCGAGUUUCAAGAGUUUCGAGCGCGAGUAACUGAGAAAAUACACGUUCUUGAAAGAGAUAUAUCAAGUCGAAGGCUCUCACCAUCGAUUUUAAAUUAUUCAGAAACUUCCCAUCGUUCAAAGGGUUCAACUAAUUCCCAUCGUUCAAAGGGAUCAACUAAUUCCCAUCUGUCAAAGGGUUCAAGUAAAUCCCAUCGGUCAGAGGGUUCAAGUAAAUCCCAUCGGUCAGAGGGUUCAAGUAGAUCAUCGGCUCGGGAACGCAGAGCAUCGGCAGCGGCGAGAGUAGCAAGGCUUGUAGUCGAGAAAGAAUUUGUUGAUAAAGAAUCUGAGGUAAGAAAAUUACAGUUGUCAAAAAAAAUUGCAAUGGCAAACGCCGAGGAAAUUGCCAUGAAAAAGAUUGUCGAUGAAGAGGAAAAGAGCACCAGGAGAUACAAGAAUGUUACAACUGGCUUUCCGACUGAACCGGAUAAAAUGUUGUCUUCCAGUUCCAAGGCCGAAAGAGUGAUAAAGAACGAAACUGGUGUCAAAACAACUAUCAAACCAUCAGAAGAUCCCACGUCGAUUCUAUUUCCAAUUCCACCAAUUAAACCAGAAGGAUCUACAAUUAAACCAGAAGGAUCUACGUCGAGAAAUUUUGAAGAUAUUCAACUAAGACUUCCAGGUCUACCUGUGGAGAGAAAGCAAAUAGGGACUCAAAGUCAAACAACUGGAACCAAAUGUCAAUCAACUCAUCGAGAGAAUGAUGCAUCUAUCAAUGAUAUCUUAUGCUUGCAAGCCAAACAAACGGAGCUAAGUGCCAUGAUAGUUGAACAACAUCGGACAAGUUUGUUACCACUUCAAGAACCACCUGUGUUUGACGGCAAUUACUUUGAUUACCCAGUAUUUAUACGUGCUUUUGAAGUUAUUAUUGAAAGAAGAGUCUCAUCGAACAGAGAUCGACUUUAUUUUCUAAAUAAAUAUACCACAGGAAAAGCUAAUGAAGUAAUCAAGGUGUUUAUCACUUCAAGUUCCGAAUCAAGUUAUACGAAAGCGAAGCAACUUCUUGCUGAAAGAUAUGGCGACCCACAUCGGGUUUCUGAUGCUUACAAAGUCAAGUUGAAAAAAUGGCCGAAAGUUAAAGAUGGAGACAGCGUUGGAUAUCAAGAAUACUCAGAUUUCCUUUGUCGCUGCGCAGAAAUUAUGAAAGAAAUGAUAUAUAUGGACGACCUAAACUCCAGCGAGACAUUGAAAUUAAUUUCUGGAAAAUUGCCUACGUAUUCUGGAGUUAGAUGGUGUCGUUAUGCGUUUGAUAUAAAGAAGAAUAAGUAUCGACCAGUAGUAUUUGAAGAUAUAGUAAAGUUCGUUAAAGAAGAAGCAGAACUCGUUACAGAUCCAGUAUUUUCCCCAGAUGCUAUGAAAGCAGAUCGUAAACGAGAACUCGAGAAAGAAAUGGGAAAGAAAUUAAAGAUUCGUGGUGUGAACAAUUUUGAUACAUUAGCAUCUCAAAAUUCUAGCGUAAAGAACAAUAAACCAGUAGCAGAUUGUGUCAAGUGUCUAAAGUCUCAUCAUCUGAACGAUUGUGAAGAUUUCAGAAGAUUAACCUUAAAGGAACGUCAGCAAUUUGUUAAGAAAUCAGGACUUUGUUUCGGUUGUUUACGCGCCGGCCACCUCGCAAGGAAUUUUCGAAACAGACUAACCUGUAAAGAUUGCAAAAAACCUCAUCCAACUUCUCUCCAUUUCCCUUUCAAAGAUAAAGAAGAAGAGAUCCCCAAAGAACAAGAUCAAGGAACAAAGACCGAAGGUCGUAUCGUCAACAAUUGCACUAACAUUCGAAAAUACGCAAUCUCGAGUAGUGAUACAACAAACGCAGCUAUCAUACCAGUUUGGUUACGUCAUAAGGACAAUCCAAAGAAAGAAGUUAUGGUGUACGCCUUGUUGGACAACGGGAGUGAUUCCACCUUCGUGAAGACAAGCAUCCUUGAAGAGCUUGGACUUAAAGGAACAGAUGUCAAACUCGAUCUUUUUACUAUGUCGGGAAAGCAAGAAAUAUCCGUUCAAAAGAUAGAAGGUUUGGUGGUGAAUCGCGUGGACAGAAGGGUCGAGAUAGAAUUACCGAAAUCGUAUUCUCGUGAUGUUAUUCCGUCAAGAAAGAAUCAGAUUCCUACACCAGCAACUGCUGAUAAUUGGACACAUCUCAGGAGAAUUAAAGAUAAACUGUAUCCAUAUCAGGACGGUGUGUGUGUUGGUGUACUCAUAGGAUGCAACUGUCCUAAAGUGAUAAAGCCUCGAGAAGUUAUCACUGGCAAAGGAGAUGAACCUUAUGCAGUACGCAGUCUUCUUGGAUGGGCGGUGAUUGGUCCAGUAACACCAAAGUCAGAAUGCGGUGAAGAUGAAACAGAAAACAUUUCAUGUAACAGAAUUGUAACCAAAGAAAUAGGUACGCCUAACCCAACGAGAUGUAACUUCAUUGUCAGUCCUCAAGUUAAAGAAACCAUCAACCCAUCAACAGUGACACAAAUGUUUGAACAAGAUUUCUCGGAAAGGAACAGUGAUAUACAAGCAUAUUCCAUGGAUGACAAACGGUUUCUAGCUAAAGUGAAAGAAGGUAUCGUUCAUUGCGAAGAUUUGCACUAUGAGAUACCUUUGCCAUUUAAGCAGCCUAACCCUAAACUACCAAACAACCGUUGUGUUGCCCUCCGACGUCUAAAUCAAUUGAAAAGAAGAUUUGAAAGAGACAAAAAAUAUCGAGACGACUACAUCACUUUUAUGAAUGGGUUACUAAAGAAUGGCUAUGCCGAGAAAGUUUCUGAGAAGAAGUUCAGUAUAGAAG